AGUGUGCAUAAAAAACAAUAAUAUCAUCAUCGAGAAACCGACCACCACCCGUUUGCCGUAACCGUGACUCAUCGCCGCCGCCGCUUCCAUUCCCUCGCUCCACGGCCGUCUGUCCACGGAGUCAUUCGCAUUCCGUACACUCAAACGUCAACAACUCUGCUACGUCGAGUCCCUCGCCGACCAACCGCCCAACGAAAAACCAUUUUUUCCUUCAAUCCGUUUCUUUUUAGACUUCAAAAUUAGCGAAUCAAGCAUGUCACGGAAAACGGCAGUGAGGAGGGCAACCACAAAAAAACGAGCGCAGCGCGCUACGUCAAAUGUGUUUGCCAUGUUUGGGCAAGCACAAAUACAAGAAUUUAAGGAAGCAUUUAAUUUGAUAGAUCAAAAUCGUGACGGAUUCAUCGAUAAAGAAGAUUUGCAUGAUAUGCUAGCUUCUUUAGGCAAAGAUCCAACCGAUGAUUACUUAGAAGGUAUGAUGAAUGAUGCGCCUGGCCCAAUCAAUUUCACUAUGUUUCUAACAUUAUUUGGUGAAAGACUUCAAGGUACAGAUCCUGAAGACGUAAUAAAAAACGCCUUUGGUUGUUUUGACGAAAACAAUGAAGGCGUAAUUAAUGAAGAGCGUCUGAGAGAGCUUUUAGUUACUAUGGGAGAUAGAUUUACAGAUGAAGACGUUGAUGAAAUGUAUCGUGAAGCUCCAAUUUCCAAAGGGAUGUUCAACUAUAUAGAAUUUACACGUAUUUUGAAACACGGUGCGAAAGAAAAGGAUGAAGUUUAAUUUUGUCUUUUAUAUAAAGUAAAAUACUUCACCUUUAACAUUUACUCAAUAUAACAUUAAAAUUAAUAUAUUUAUAUAAUAUAUCAAAAAUUGUAUUAUUAAAUAAUAAUUCAAACUAAAUAAUGGGUGAAAUAAUUAUUUAUUAAGUUUAUAUAUGUAACCUUUUUAGUUUUAUAUUUUAUUAAUUCAUAAACAUUCAUAAAUAUUACAUUUAUAUUAUACAA